UCUAGACAAUUAGUAGAAAAUGUUACAUUUUUGAGAAGCUUGAACUGACAUUCAGCACCCAAAGACAAGUUGUAAGCUGAUUUGGAGACUGACUCUGGUCCAAGGUAGGAAGAGGUCUAAAGUGAUGUUAGAACGGCUUGUUUGAGAGCCAUGCUUUGUGAGGGUAGAUUGCUGAGCAUGACCUACGGGGAGGUGGAGGAGCUGGAGUCCCUCCCUCUUCAAAAAUCUUCCAGCACUGCAUAUGAUCCAUCUAAAGCCACAUUUGUACCAGGCUCCAGCAAACCAGCUUCACUCAUUCAUCACAGCUCUGUGGAGCACAAGGAUGGCUCAGACAACACGAGUGCUUCGCUGGAGUUGUACAUUUCUCCCUUGCAGUCCUUAAAUCUCCAGGGAGCCUUUACAGGGAGACAGAUUUCCCCAGAGAUAAAGAUCCCAGCUCAGGCUAUCUCACUUGGCGACACCCCUUUUUUGGUUCCCUCAUUCUGCCAGAGCAUUUGUAAAGACUACAGCGACCUCCACAUUGGAGGUGACCAGGUGCUGCCUCUCUCAGCCAAUGAGGGUGAGCUACGGGUCUGUACUGAGGUGCAGGGUGUCGGCCCUUUUCUCCAAUCCUGUGAUGUCCCCCCGGCUGUGGAGGACUCUCCCCCAGGGGAAGCAUCUCAGAGCAGCCUGCUGUAUCCGUUGAGGAGAGGUUCAAAUCAUUGGAGACAGGGCAGUGGCCGUGAUCGGAGCUUUUUGUUCCAAGGGCGAGAAGGUCCGUUCUCAAACUCUUUUCUAAAUCACUACCUGGAGCAAAAGCUUUUGGAUUUAUACCAGCAAUAUAUGAUGGAGAACAUGGCAAGAGAAGGAGCCCCAGGUUCAGAUUCUGAAGCUGGCAACAUUUGCCCUCUACUAUGCUCGGAGCUGGUUCUGACCAGCCUUGACCAGAUCACUCUGCAGCUCAGCCGAGAAGGCAACCUAGAGGCCGGUCUGGCUAAGGACAUGGUCCUGAGCUGCCUGCUGCGGGUGGCUGGUGAUGUGCAGUCCAGCGAGAUCAGCACUCCCUUCCUGCAAUUUUCAAAUGAAACAUUGAGGGAGCAGCUCACAGAGAAUAAAGAGAUGUAAUCUGGGAGUCAAGGAACACUUCCAAUUCUGCCAUUUAAUUUGUUGUUUUACACAAAAAAGAUCCUACUUUUGAUUUACAAUUUCUUUAUUUUUUUUAUUAGCUUUUCUUUUUAAAGGAAAUUCUGUGUGUGAUAAUUAAUUUCAUGCAACUUAUAUUUACACAUAAUUUUGAUUGGUAUUCAGUUCUGAAUAUGUGUUGUUUUUGUUCAGUAUUCCCUCAGAGAAGGACAAUAAAUGAGAACUGAAAACAGA